AUGUCGGAAUCGCAAGUGAACCCCAAGGCUUUUCCUCUCGCUGAUGCUGCACUCACCAACCAGAUUCUUGAUCUGGUGCAGCAGGCGUCGCACUACAAGCAGUUGAAGAAGGGCGCCAAUGAAGCCACCAAGACGCUCAACCGCGGUAUUUGUGAGUUUAUCAUCAUGGCCGCCGACGUUGAGCCUAUUGAGAUUGUGCUCCACCUUCCUCUCCUUUGUGAAGACAAGAAUGUACCAUAUGUAUUUGUGCCCUCGAAGAUUGCGCUUGGCCGCGCCUGUGGUGUUUCGCGCGCCGUGGUCGCCGCCAGUGUGACAACCAACGAGGCUCGUGAGCUGCAAAGCCAGAUCCAGACAAUCAAGCUCGCUAUCGAGCGUCUGCUGAUUUGA